AAGCAGAGUUUAUAAAAUAUCUAAAUAUGAAUUAAUCUGAGCGAAACACUGGACUCUGGCGAAAUCCAUAAGGGCAUCGCCAUUAAUUAAAAAGAAGAAGAAGAAGAUUUGGAUGUAAAACAGUAAUUUUUUACUCAAAAUAAGGUCUUUUUACUGCAGUAAAAUAAAUAGAAAAUGUUGCGCAGCUUAACAGCUUCAAUUGUGCAAUGCCGUGGUAUUAAACAUCAAGUACAAAUAAAGUGGGUUAGACCCGAUUAUGUGCCGUCAUAUAAACCAGAAAAGUCUGGUGAUUUAGAAAAUAUACCUAAGAUAACAGACGAUACUUUAGGACAAGAUUAUGCAUUGAGUGAGGAGAUUAAGGAUGCCCCAGAAUCAGUGAAGAAGAUAUUCUCUGUUUCCCAUCUCGGAUUUCAAGCAUUUAAAGCAUUGGCGAAGAAAGAGUUGACUGAAAGAGUAAGGCGACAUCAAUACGAUGAGGACACAACUGAAUACACAAUUGCAAGGCUUACUGCUCAUAUAAGAUGCCUUCAACAUACCAUGGAGAAAUACCCUAAAAAUAUAAAAGCAAAGCAAACAUGCCAAGAGUUAAUUGAUAAACGUAAAAAACAUUUAAAAUUUCUAAGACAAUAUGAUUAUAAGAAAUUUGAAUGGCUUUUGGAGAAACUGAACAUCGAAUACAAAGGACAUCCAGAGACUUACAACAAAUUAUCUAGAAAAGAAUCAUUGAGAAAACUCACAGAAUUACAUUGCGAUGAAAUUCGCAAUAAAAAAUUACAUGACUACAGGAAUUUAUUGGAAAGUCAACAAGGUCCAUUCUUGAAAGAAAAACUUGAAGCGUUGAAGUUUAUAAAAAGUGAACAGAUGGAAUUAAAAUUGCCCAUCACUGUAACAGAUCAAGAUAUAAAGAAAGUAGAAAUACAAUUAGAGGAAUGGAAAGUGAAAGAUGAAAUCAAACAGCAAGCUAAAAAGAAGAAGAGACAUAUUUUAUUAGAGGAAUCAGAAUAGAUUUUCUAUUUGUGUGUAAAUAAAAUAUUAUUAGCUAUAUUGGAGUUUAUAUUUUUUAUUUGUGUAAAUGAAGAUGGUACAAUAUUAACACAAACAUUUAUUUUAGUAAUUACAUGUCUUAAAUCUACUUAUCCUUUUAAAACCAAAUUAUAAAAAUGCAUAAU